UUUCGGCUUAUUUCAGGACUUCGGAAGCUCUGUUUGCCGUGGAUUCAUCGAUGUGAAACGCGGAAAUUAGUUAAAUCGACUUGAUAUCCUCGCGACAAUCGGUCACGUCACGCGAGUGCGCCGCGAUCGAAAUGCCGGUGCACUAGUGAGCGUCGUUUUCGAGCCUGAGGCGUCAUGAGAACCCGGUGAUUGCGCCGUGUGCCACGGUGCCCCCCUUCGGAGCAAGCCCACGUAGGUCGCCUCGGUCUAGCCGAGGCGUCGUUCCCUGCCGCGUCCCCAGCAGCCGUCACAACGCCUCCCGAUGUGGUCCCUGGUGAACCGCGUCGCGGUCUUCCUGUACAUGCAGCUCCGUCCCGCGAUCAAGUGGGUGCUGCGGAACCUGACUCGUUUGUGCGAGCUCCAGCGGAUAUGCUACGGGACCGAGCGCGGCUGUCAGCGGACGCGCGAGUUGGAGUGGAGCCUACAAAUGUCUCGCACGCCCGCUGUCCGCACCAUUUACGACCGACUGACGCAGCUUGCCGACGAAGGCCGCUUCAGCAAGGAGCUGAGCGGAAACGCCGUCGAGUACGCCGUCAUCGGAGUGGCCUACGUCAAGAAAAUCAACACCCAGGUACACCGCGAGUUCGUGCGUUCUUUUCGGACGAGCAUGCUCCAGAUGUGCGGCUACCGGCAGUUGGUUUACGACGUGGAGCGUCUACGGAAGACGCAGUUUGUCGCGCAGGACCCCGAUCACCUGAGCAGGCUCCUGCGGCUCUGGAAGCUGCUGCGUCCGGACGAGCACCUCCGCGGGCCGGUCUCCAAGCAGUGGAGCGAUAUCGGCUUCCAGGGGGACGACCCACGCACCGACUUCCGCGGCAUGGGCCUCCUGGGGCUCGACAACCUCGUCUUCUUCGCGUCCGAGCACACCGAGGUGGCCCGGCACGUCCUGUCCCAUUCGCUGCACCCCGAGUACGGCUACUCGUUCGCCAUCGUCGGCAUCAACUUGACGAGCCUGCUGUACCACCUACUGGUCAAGGGGAAGCUCAAGUCACACAUCUUCAACGCCGUGGCCGAGCGGCCGCAGGUGGAGGACUUCCACAGGGCGUACAGCUACGUCUUCUUCGAAUUCGACAAGUUCUGGCUGGCCGAGAAGCCCACCGACAUCAUGGAGUUCAACCGGAUACGGGACAAGUUCGAGGACAAGUUGCUCCAGAUGCUCGAGAAGGACGACUGCGUCUUCAAGCUCAAUGUGACGGUCAAGAAGGUCUGAAAUUCCAACGCUUUCAGAGAAGACAGAACUCCGACAUCACGGGCUCAGUGAAGGCUGCCUACCGCCACUGCUAUCUCGGUUGUCUGGAAACUGGGUUUUUGAUUCUGACUAUGCAGGAAUUUGUUUGGUGCCGCUAUUUAGAAGGCCGUAACCCAGAAAGCUACCAUGGGCACGUUGGACGGUGGCAGUGUUUGCAGUCAGUUCUUUGCUUUCUUUAUUCUACAGGAUAGAGGGCACAGAACAACUCCAUGUGAAGGGUGAAUUAUCUCGGAUCCUUUUCCGAAGUUCCUUUUUCGAAGGUGCAAUACGAGCUCAA